CAUUAACAACGCUGCUCCUCUUCCCUUAUCUCCUCCUCUCUAUCUCUCUCUCUCUCUCUCUCAAAACCCUCUCCUUCUCCAACUAGCUGAAAGCGAUGUAUUUGGAUCGACUUCUUCCCUGGUAUUAGAUUAAAAAACGAACGAUAGAGAAAAAGCAGUAGUUGAGCUCUCAAAGCUCCUAUCUUUAGCCAUGGCUGCAGGCAAGGUAAAAGCCGCUAUGGGUUUCCAGAAAAGCCCUGCUGCUGCUGCAACUCCAAAAGCUCAAACUCCAAAGCGCUCCUCCUUCUCUUCCUCUUCUCCGAUCUCUCAGAAAGCUCCUCCGCCUCCUUCUCAGUCCAAGACCGUUUUCGGUCGCUCCUUCGGCGUUUACUUCCCUCGCUCCUCCGCUCAGGUUCAGCCCCGCCCGCCUGACGUCUCCGAUCUCCUCCGCCUAGUAGAUGAACUCCAGGAAAACGAAUCCCGCCUCAAGACUGAGCUUCUCGAGCACAAGCUCCUCAAAGAGACGGUUGCGAUCGUCCCGUUCCUCGAAAAUGAGAUUGCUUCCAAGGACGCGGAAAUCGUGUCUUCGGCGAAGAGGAUUGAGGGCUUGGAAGCGGAGAACGAGAUGCUGAGGCGAGAGGUGGAGAGACUGAAGGAGAGGAUAGAAAGGGAAGGGACGGAGAGGGAGAAGAAGAUGAAGGAGAUGGAAGAUGAGAUUGCGGAUCUGCGGAGAACAGCAGCUGAGUCGAAGGGAGUCGAAUCGAAGAGGAUUUGCAGUGAAAUAGGGUAUAUUGAAGAGUGCUCGUCUUCUUCGCAGAGGUUCCAAGGCCUGAUAGAUGCGUCAGCAAGGUCGAAUCUACUGAAGAGCUUGAGGAAAGGGACGAAAUCGAGCGAGGCUGCAGCGAAUCAGGACAAUAGUCCGAAGGUCGAGAUUGCGCAUCUGAAGGUAGAAGAUCUGCAAUCUCGAAGCAAUAGCGAGAGUCAAGAAUCUGCUGCUUCUUCUGUGAAAUCUCGAGCGCCUAGGGUUCCGAAACCUCCUCCAAAACCCUCCUCAUCUUCAUCUUCUUCGACGUCUUCUUCUUCUUCUUCUUCUUCCAACGGCGAGAUUGCUGCUGUUGAGAAAAACAGAGCUUCGCUCGAAAGGUCGAAUCUGACGGCAAUGCCGCCGGCUCCGCCACCUUUUCCGGGGGGAUCGUUGGUGCCGGGCAGGCGAGCGGUCGUGCCGCCGCCCCCUCCCCCGCCGCCGCCGGCGAGGGUGUCAAAUGCCGGUGCGGCGAAGGUGCGGCGAGUGCCGGAGGUAGUGGAGUUUUACCAUUCUCUGAUGCGGAGGGAUUCGAAGAGAGACUCCGGCGCCGGCGUGUCAGAUGUUCCAUCGGCGGCGAACGCCCGGAACAUGAUCGGAGAAAUCGAGAAUAGGUCGGCCCACCUACUCGCUAUAAAAACGGAUGUAGAAACACAGGGCGAUUUCAUUCGUUUCCUGAUAAAAGAAGUGCAGAAUGCUGCAUUUACAGACAUUGAAGAUGUUGUAGCCUUCGUCAAAUGGCUCGAUGACGAACUCUCUUUCCUUGUUGACGAGCGGGCAGUGCUGAAGCACUUCGACUGGCCUGAGCACAAGGCCGAUGCAAUGCGAGAAGCUGCAUUUGGUUAUAGCGAUUUGAAGAAGCUUGAAUCCGAUGCCUCCUCAUUCCGAAAUGAUGUUCAGCAGCCCUGCGGUCCUGCUCUCAAGAAGAUGCAGUCCUUGCUAGAAAAAUUGGAGCAUGGUGCAUACAAUCUCUGCCGCAUGAGAGAAUCAGCAACGAAGAGAUAUAAAGGCUUUCAGAUUCCUUGGCAAUGGAUGCUGGAAACGGGUUUUGUUAGCCAGAUAAAGCUGGCAUCCGUGAAAUUAGCGAUGAAGUACAUGAAGAGAAUUUCAGCAGAGCUAGAAGCGGUAGGUGGUGGCCCCGAAGAAGAGGAGCUGAUGGUCCAAGGCGUGAGGUUUGCCUUUCGGGUUCAUCAGUUUGCAGGAGGUUUCGAUGUGGAAACGAUGCGGGCGUUCCAUGAGCUACGAAAUAAAGCCCACUCAUGCCGCCAUAUACAAGGCCAAAACCCCCAGCAACAGAAUCGCUUUUGCAGGUCUACGUCUUGCUAACCUCGCAAAACCCCCUCUUCUACUACGAAAGCGCGCUCUACUACUUGUAAAGAUCAAAUCAAAUUCACCAAACGCACUAUCCAUUUAAUAAAAAAUCAUUAUUAUUAUUCUUC